UUUUUUAAGAAGGUGAAAGAAGCUACAUACACAAGGCUUUGCAGCACCAAGAAAAUCUUGACAGUAAACGGAAAAUUUCCUGGACCAGUUUUACAGGCUCACAAAGGUGAUACGAUCUACGUCAAUGUCCAUAACAAAGGCAGCCACAACAUCACCAUUCACUGGCAUGGAGUGAAGCAACCCAGGAAUCCAUGGUCAGAUGGUCCUGAAUACAUCACGCAAUGUCCAAUUCAACCUGGGGACCAAUUCAAGCAAACGAUUAUAUUUUCUAAUGAGGAAGGAACGAUCUGGUGGCACGCACACAAUGACUGGGCUCGAGCCACAGUUCAUGGCGCAAUCUUUGUGUAUCCAAAACGUGGAGCUGGCUAUCCUUUUCCCAAGCCUCAUGAACAAGUGCAAAUAAUAUUAGGUCAGUGGUGGAGGAGAGAUGUAAGGGAGGUAUUGGAGGAAUUCAUUAGAACUGGAGGACCUCCGAAUGUUUCCGAUGCUCACACGAUCAAUGGUCAGCCAGGAGACCUCUAUCCUUGCUCAAAAUCCGAGACAUUCAAGCUCCUUGUGGAUCAAAACAAGACCUAUCUACUACGUAUAGUAAACGCCGCAAUGAACACCAUUUUCUUCUACUCAAUUGCAAACCAUAACCUCACAGUGGUGGGAGUUGAUGGAAGCUACACAAAGCCAGUGACAACAGAUUACAUGACAAUUUCACCCGGACAAACCGUAGAUGCCGUGUUAAUCACCAACCAGCAAGUUGGUCAAUAUUACAUGGCUGCUAGGGCGUACUCAAGCACUCUUCUUAUUCCCUUCGACAACACCACAACCACAGCAAUAGUAGAAUAUAAAAAAAUUGGGAAUAAUUUUACUCCAUUUUCUUCAACACCUCCAUUGCCUCACCUUCCUUAUUAUAAUGACACAAAUGCAGCUUUCACUUUCUAUGAUAGCCUUAAAAGCCUAGCUAAUGAACACCACCCAAUUGACGUCCCAAUAAAGAUCACCAAUAGAUUAGUCUUCGCAGUUUCAAUCAACACAUUCCCAUGCUCAAACAAUUCAUGUGCAGAAUCAAACGGGACCCGCCUCGCUGCUAGCAUGAACAAUAUAAGCUUCGUAAGCCCUAAAACAAUAGACAUUCUAGAAGCCUAUUAUUACCAUAUUCAUGGGAUAUAUAAAAAGGGUUUCCCAGAUUUUCCACCUCUGGUAUUUAAUUUUACAGGGGAAAAUCUACCCCUCUUUUUACGAGUUCCAAAGAGAGGGACAAAGGUAAGGGUUUUCAAAUAUGGGUCAAUUGUGGAACUUGUUUUUCAAGGGACAAACUUGGGUGCACCAAUAGAUCAUCCAAUACAUUUGCAUGGGUUUAGCUUCUACAUUGUUGGAUGGGGGUUUGGGAAUUUUGACAAAGAUAAGGACCCAUUAAACUAUAAUCUCAUUGAUCCUCCUCUUAGGAACACUGUCGCUGUGCCCAUAAGUGGCUGGGCCGCCAUUAGAUUCCAUGCCAACAAUCCGGGAGUAUGGUUUUUGCACUGCCAUUUGGAGCAUCACCUAACUUGGGGAAUGAACACAGUUUUCAUUGUAAAGGACGGAAAAAACAAGAAGGAAAGGUUGCUGCCUCCGCCACCAAGAAUGCCACCCUGUUAAUUAGGACUUUGUCCAAAAUUGGCUUCGCCAUUGCCCUUUUAAAAAAAUUAAAAAAAUAAAAAUAAAGAAUUGGAUAUCAUAGCAUUUCCUACAAAUAGUUUUUAUUGUAAUGGAAGAAAAUCGAUUAGUUACGAAAUAAAUUGUUUAAUGAUUAUGAAUAACCGAACUACAAUAAAAUUGUGUAA